GGCCCAGGCAGCCCUGACCUGGCUAGGCACUACAAGUCGAGCUCACCGCUGCCCACUGUCCAGCUGCACCCACAGUCCCCCACUGCUGGCAAAAAGCACCAGGCCGUGCAGGACCUGCCCCCAGCAAACACCUUCGUGGGCGCUGGUGACAACAUCUCCAUCGGCUCGGACCAUUGCUCCGAGUACAGCUGCCAGGCCAGCAGCAAGUACAGCAAGCAGCCGUUUCGUAGAGUGACGUUUUCUGUUGUGAGUCAGCCUCAGGACCCGCAUCAAGGGUCAUUGCAGAGUUGCUAUGACAGCGGUCUGGAGGAGUCAGAAACACCAAGCAGUAAGAGUUCAUCAGGGCCAAGACUGGGUGCCCUUCCACUCCCAGAGGACAACUACGAAAGGACUACGCCGGAUGGCAGUGUUGGUGAGGCAGAGCAUAUGGAAAAUGAUUCACGGCCUCUACCAGAUGUAGCCCUAACAGGGAAGUGCACCCGAGAAUGUGAUGAAUAUGGCCACUCAGACUCCUGCUGGAUGCCAGUCCGCACUUCUCCGGAGAGAAAGCAGAAGAGCCAGCCAAAACUCUCCACUUUCAUGCCUGUUGAUGAACGGGGCAGUCAGGAAAAGCUGGCCAAUGGAGAAGCCUCCCUCAUGGGUGACCGCAACAGAAACCUCCUUAACAAAAAGUUGACCUCAUCCUAUGAGACCUUCAGCGCAGCUAGUUUCAGCAAAAAUGAAGAAGGCAACCCAGAGGAUAUCCCCCUUACACAGACAGGGGAAUACAAGCCAUCUCCUGUCAACACUCUAACUAGAAGAGAAGUUUACCUGUAGGCUAAAAAGCAGCAACAAAGUUCUUUCAUAAUGUAAGAAAGAAAUGGGGCAAAAGUCUUAAAAUCACAACAAUUUUAAGAAAAAAAUGUGAAACAAUAAAGAGGGGGCCACCAAAGAGACAAAAGAUCUGCCUGCCACUUCUGCCUCCAUAGCAGGCAUGUAAUUAUGCUGUCUGCCUGACUAUACUGUACAAUGUAGAAAACAUUGCUGUUACUUGCAUGUCUAAUUCCCCCUCGCUGAUUUUUAUUUUCCUAGAUCUAUGGUUGCAAAUUCCUCCCAUAGUAGCAAGCUUGAUUAAAAAGAACACGACAUACUGUUGUUUCCCCUCUGCAGAAGCAUGAAUUGAGCCACUCACUUUGUUUGUUUGUCAUCUGGCUUGUUGAAGAUAACAGGUCAGGGAAAAUGUAUUCAAAACAUACCAUCUGAAUAUUGCUGAUCCCCAUCAGGGACAAUCCUUCAGAAACCAUAAAGAUAUAGGAUAAAUAUAAAGGAAUAAUCAUUAAUAGGCACUUUGUGAAGACCACAGCUUUAAUAUUCUCACCUCUCAUCUGAGGCUGGAAGCAACAGAAAUACAUUCAGCCUGAGACUGCAGUCAAAAACAUGGCAUACUUUCCCGUGAUUCAUGGACUCUGGUUCUGUUUUAUCCAUUGAACAAACCUGUCUUGCUGUGUCUCUUUCUCUCUUUCUCUCUUGUUCUCUGUAAUGAUUAUUUCAAUGUAAACACAACUACUAACACUUAUACCAUAGGAUAGCAAUGAUAAACUGUUGAAAUCAUUAUUUUGGGCAAGACUAACAUUUAGCUGGGAAGAUUGUAAUAACAAAAAGGCCAAAGAUCACACAAUGGAUCAGGGGAACUGCUAAGUAUUGGGGCUUGACUUAGAAAAUAAAUGUAUUCACAAAAAACACAUGUACUCAUAACAAAGCUUCAGUUACAUUCUAUGCAGCAGCACAGUUCACAAGCCCAGAUAACAAAUUUUUUUCCAGUGUGGUUCAGUUGAAUGCCCAAAGGAACUGAUGCUUUUUUUGUAAUGACAUGAUACAUUGCAGCACAUGCUGCAUAUGAUAUGCUGCAUAUGCUAGUUCCAGGGAAUUUUUAAGAUCAAAAUUAAAAACUAAUAGUAGAAGAGAAAGCCAUGUUAGUGGGAAUGCUUGAUGGGAGGGAAAAAGGUGGACAAUGGGAUAAUGCAGUAACAAGAGGACAUUACAACUCAGAUAUAAAAGCUUCUUUUCAGAUUGCAAGGCAUGGUUGCUUAGUCUGGUCAUCAGUGUUGCAGCUUAUCAACUGCUUCAAUUAUGUCAAAAAUGAUGAUAAUGAAAGCUUUCUUGAAACCAAGUGCAUUUAAAACCAAGAAAAGUGCAAUACUAAAUGAUAUCAAGACUCAGAACAUUUAGCAUUAGUACAAAAUGGUCUGAUAAACGGUGAUAUGAUACCUAGGAGGUCAAGAGGAGUUAAAAGGAGUCCAAGCUAUGAUGUGCAAGAGCUGUAACAAUUAUCAUGGUGAGUGCUUCUUGAAAGGAAGAGGAAAUGAAACAGGGUUUUGUGCAAUAAAAGCAACAAAACAUGCAGAACAUCAACCAAUUGCUUUGUAGUUGAUGCUGUAUUAAUAAUCACAGACUGAGCUCAGACAUUCAGACAAAUGUGACAAUCAAACGACACAGCAAGGACAGCUCAAGG